AUGGAAGAAAAUAAUAAUUCAUACGAGAAAAAUGAAAAUCCAAAUGGCUCAAAUACAAGAAUAAUUCCAACUACUUUUCUAGAUCUACUUAAUAGUACUAUUGAUGAUGCUGAUUUAGUUCAUUUUCGAUUAUUAUCUCAAGCGCAAGCAAUUGGAAGUGACCUUACUACUGGAAUUGUAGCUCCACAUUUAUGGCAAAAUUUGGAACAAGAAUGGAGUGAAUUUAAUCAAGAUUUAAGACUUACCAGUGGGAUUGUAGGAGAAGCUAACCUGCAUUAUGUCAAUAGAGACUAUCCAAAAGCUAUUGAGGUGCUUCAAGAGGUAAUAAAAAUUGAUCCGAACAUUCAUUCUGCUUGGUUUACGCUUGGAACAAUACAAGAUGAAAUUGGAUGUCUGGAAAAGGCCUUACAAUUGUAUUUGGUUGCUGCCCAUUUAACACCUCAUGAUGGUGCAUUAUGGAAAAGAUUAGAUCACAGUGCUGCACAUCAAGCUAUUUAUUGUUUCUCUAAAGCCAUAAGAUGUGAUCCUAAUGAUGCAAUUGAUGGUUUUACUGGAUUAUUAGAAAAAGUGCCACACGAUAUGAAUAUAUUAAGAGAAAUAUCAAAAAUACAUGUACAAACAAGCGAAGUUCCUAAAGCCAUUGAGCUUUAUCUUGAUGCAUAUUCAUAUUAUCGAAAUCGUCCUUUUUACAAAGAUACUGAAGCAGAAGGCAGUUUUGGAUAUUCAGAAAUUAAUAUUAUGGCAGAACUUUAUAUGCUCAUAAAUGAUUUUGGUGGUGCAAUAGAGUUCAUUAAAUGUGGAGUCAGAUGGCUUCAAGGAAGAGAGGAUGAGACAUGGUGGAACAAUGUCACUGGCACUAGACAUCAAGGAGUUUUUAGUAGUGGUGGUUCAAAUGCACCAUUACCAUUGGAAUUAAGAAUAAAAUUAGGCAUAAGUAGAAUCUGUAUGGAUGGAUUGGAAGAAGGAAAAUUGCAUUUAAAUUAUCUCAAGUUAUAUGAUGUUAAACAAUACAUUGAUUUAUAUUAUGAGACAAAUAAUCCAACUGCGUGGAUGAGAGUGGGACUAUGUCACAGAGAAUUAGGGAAUUUUGAAAAUGCUGCAGAGUAUUUUACUGCUGUUGUUGAAGAUUCACCAGAUAAUUUAGAUGCUAAAUUAGCUGAAUCCACGCCAGUAAGGGAUCCCGUUGUAAUAUCAUUAUCGUCUUCUUCAAAUAGCAUGACUUUACAAGAAAAUCAACAAUUAGAUUUAUUGUAUCCAUGUUCAGUUAAUGGCGAUAAAGAAGCGUCUAAAGAAUACCUUGAAACAGCAAGAGGUUUAAUUGAAGAUUGGCAAAAUAACAGCAUUUUAUCCUCCAAGAAACAAGGAUAUGAUCGAUGUAAAAGUUGGAGGGAAAAACUUUAUUAUGAAGAAAUUAAAGAAUUAAAAGAAGGAUAUGAUGCAGAUAUAGAAGAACAGGCAACCACAAUGGCGAAGAGGCUGCAGUGGAAUAUAGAUGGACAGUUAGGUGAACUUGAAGCUGAAAUACACAAGAAAAUGACAGAAUUUCAAGGAAUAACGUUUGAAAAAUGGUUUGAAUUUUUUAUUCAGUUUAUAAUUACAGCAACAAAAAAUGGGCAUGAGUCAGAAGCAUAUGAUGUUGUUAUGUUAGUAUCAAAGGCAAAUAUUUUUUACCAUAAUGAACGACACAAGACUACAUUCAAGGUGUUGUCACUAGCUUGGGGACUUUAUACAUCAAAUUAUAUAGUGGUUUGUGAAAGUGCAAGAUGGUUAUGUAACUUUAAGCCAUUCAAUAGCAACAUAUAUAAUUUAUAUAGCGCAUGUUUGGCAAGACAAAUAAAAGCAAUGGAUUCAGGCAUUUCUGACAGUUCUCCAACGAAACCUGAUGCUGGUUUGUUGACACUUUAUGGACAUAUUUUGGGAUGUUCAAGAAGUUAUAAUGGUGCUCUUGGGUAUUAUGCUCGAGCAGCACUUGUCAAACCAAAAGAUCCUCUUGUGUGUUUUUCUAUGGGUCUUGCAUAUUUACAUCGUGCUAUGCAAAGAAAAACAAGUAAUCGACAUUUACAAAUUUUACAAGGAUUCAAUUUUUUAUAUGAAUAUUAUGAAUUAAAAGGCAAAAAUCAAGAAGCUGAAUAUAAUUUAGGGCAUGCAUUUCAUCAAUUAGGAUUAACGCAUUUAGCUAUACCACAUUAUGAAAAAGCACUUAAAUUACCAUCAGUAAAUCAAAUUUUGAAACAAAAAAUUGAUAAAAAAAAACAAUUAGAAACUGACGAAAAUGAAGAAGUUGAAAAUUUCGAAGAAAAUGAUCCUACAGAUAUUAGAAAAGAAGCUGCCUAUAAUUUAUAUUUAAUUUAUAUGGAAACAGGAUCUCCAGCUUUAGCUCAAAUGUUAUUAAAAAAAUAUUGUGCAAUAUGA